GCGGCGGCGGGGGCGGGGGCGGGCACGGGCACCACGGCCAAGGACGUGGCGCAGUGGGCGCGGGUGGUGCGCGAGCUGGGUGGAGAGGUGGAGGCGGCGUACGGCCCCCGCGUGACACACGUGCUGUGCGCCACGCAGCUGGCGCCCGCGGCCCGCGCCGCCCUGCGCGACGGCAAGCGCUGCGUCACAGCCUUCUGGCUGAGUGACGUGGUGCUACGCCAGCAGGUGCUGCCGCCCUGGCAGGCCCUGCACUUGCCCACGCCCUUUGGGGCGGAGGCGCGGCCGCUGCGCGGGCAGGUGCUGGCGCUGUCGGGCUUCGAGGGCGCGGAGCGGGCUCGCGUGGCGCACAUGGUGGAGGCGGCGGGCGCGCGCCUCACGCGCUACUUCUCCUCGCACAACCACGCGCUCGUCUGCAAGCGGCCCGACGGCGCCAAGUACCGCAAGGCGCGCGAGUGGGGGCGGCCCGUGGCGAACGCGCAGUGGCUCAGCGACCUGCUGCUGGGCCAGCACCACCCGCCGCCGCCGCCCGACCUGCCCAAGUACCAGCAGUUCAGCCUCGGCAACCCCUUCCGCAUCGAGGUGGCGCUGGUGCCGCAGCUGAUGGCCGCGUGGAAGGCGCCCAUCAACAUCACGCAGGAAGCGUUCGAACGGGCGCGCGCCUCCCUGCCGCCGCCGCCGCCGCCGCCCGGGGCAGGAAAUGUUGUUUUAUCACACAUGUCAUUUUCUUACAUUGAAGACACUGUUGUAGUGUAUAUUCACAACACCAGAUUGCUCUGUACAGAAAAGAAAAUGGAGUCAGUGGUAAGGCUGCCACAUACCAGGAUGGAUGUAACUGUUGUACAGUGUGUGUAUGUCAAAAUUGCUAUCCUAAUGGGAGAAAUGCCUCAGGCAAUUGAAUUGGAAGCUGUUGGUAUUAAUGACCUUCUAUACUGGACAGUCAGUCAGCCAGUAAAGGCUCGCCAGUUGGGGUGUGCAUUGGCUGCUAGGAAGCGAGAUGCAACACACUUUGUGAUGCCUCAACUGAACCGUACCAUCAAACUGCUGUGUGCCCUCUCAGUCUGCCAGUAUGUUGUUUCUGAACAGUGGAUUCUUGACAGCCAUGCCCAGAACACAUUAUUAGAUGAACAACCAUACAUUUUGGAUGAUCCAGAAUUUGAAAAAACUUAUAAAUUUAAUGUGACAAACAUUCUCAAGAAGCCAUCUCGAAAUGAACUUUUCAAGGGUCGAGUAUUUUAUUUGACCCCCAGUGUUGUGCCUUCUCCUCGGAGUCUAACAGAAAUCAUAGAAUGUGCUGGUGGGAUAGUAGAGAGACGUCACAGACCACCUAAGAACUUACAGGAUACAGCCCGUAGUGGCAGCCAGCACAUUGUCAUCACAGCAGAGGAUGAUCUCCACUUGCUGACUGACUUGGGAGAUUAUCAGGUUUAUAAUGGAGAAUGGGUCAUGCACUGCAUCAUGCAUCAGGAGAUUCUAUAUGAGAAUAAGGAAGAAACAACACCUUCACGCUAAUUCGAUCUUUAUAAGAUUAAGAAUUUUCUUACAUUAAUUGCAUUUUUUUAUCUCUAUUUCAAGUUUUGUGUUGUGUUUUGAAUUUCAGAAUUUUACUGUUUUGUAUUAAAUAUUUUUAACAAUAAUUUUUGUAUAUCGAAGAGAGAUCUGCAUUUGCAUUUAACUUACUCGAAGUAAAAUAGAACAACUACUGACCAAAGAAAAACAUUUUUUGUUCUGCCAUUUGUAUAAUGUAUAAACAUACUGAAACAUGUCAAGAAAGUGAUCAAACUUAUUAGGUGGAACACAUUCAGAUGGGUUUACUAUUUCUAGGUGACUGCCAUUUGUGUUAAAAUGACAGUGGAGGUAUUCCUUGUUUGAAAUCAUAUUUUUGCAGUUGAAAUGUCUGAUUCUUAGAGAAUUUGUUACAGAAUUAUUUAACUGAGAGUUGUAGAAAAUUAUUUAUUCUAUUUGGUAUGCUAGGGUAUGUAAUGUGGAGGGAAAGAUAGUUUUGGGAUGUAAAAUAAAACUAGACUUUCUAAAACAGUCUGCUAGUUAAGAUCCUUUUUGAAUUUCCUUCAUGUUGCAUGAUGUUGAAUUUUGAAAAAUGUGCUGUUGUGGAGAAGUUUGUGUAGAAUUGUUAUUUCUAAUGCUUGUUUCAUGCUUUUUGUAUUCAGAAAUGUAUGUACUUCCAAAGUGUACAGUUUGUGAAUAUUUUUGAAAAUAAAAUAGUUGGAAAUUUGAAAA